AUGAGAUUCCUAAAAUUUAAUUUUCUCUAUUUAUUCCUUUUAUCUCUUUUGUACAAUAAGUUAUUUGCAUUGGAAGAGAAUGAUGAAUUGGUAGAAGCUACUGAUUUCAAGGUUGCAAAUGGGAAAGCACGUACACCUUUUCCAGAUUGGCUAAAACGCAUUACGGGGCUAUACCAAUGGCCUGGCUUGGAUCCUCCUUAUAUUCCAUUAGAUUUUAUUGACCUUUCAAAAAUUCCUGAUUUUGGACCAUACUCCCUAGGAUUUUGUGCAAAUGUUCCAAGAGAAGCGUGCUCUUUUGAUUGCCAUGGGUGUAUGGGACAUGAUGAAAUUUUUACCUGCAGAAAAUUAUCCCAAACAUUUGAUGAUGGACCAACACCGGCAACUUUAAGAUUACUAGAUAGUUUGGAUCAUGAAACUACCUUUUUCAAUCUAGGUGUCAAUAUCGUGGAACAUCCCGAUAUUUAUCAUAGAAUACAAGAUGAUGGCCAUUUGAUUGGAUCUCAUACAUGGUCACAUCGUUAUUUACCUGCUUUAUCGAAUAAAGAAAUUAUCGCACAAAUUGAAUGGGGUAUUUGGGCAAUGAAUGCCACAGGACACCAUAUUCCAAAAUGGUGGAGACCACCUUACGGAGGAAUUGACAAUAGAGUUCGUCAUAUUACAAGGUUAUUUGGGUUACAAGCCGUAGUUUGGAAUCAUGAUACUUUAGAUUGGAAAUUUGCUUCUGGUGAUCCCUCUGUUUCUUUGGAAGAAAUUUUGGGUAGAGUUCAUGACUGGAAUAGAGAUAAAACAGGAUUAAUUCUAGAGCAUGAUUCUAAAGAAACUACUGUAGAUAUUGCUCUAAGGGUAAAAGAUAUAAUCGGAGAAGAUCAGUUAACUGUAGCAGAAUGUGCAGGUGGUAAUGAUUAUAUCCGAGAAUAUGACUAG